UAACUUGACAUGUCUACGUUUACAAGUCAUGUAUUGCUUAUAAGAAGGAAGAAAUGUGGUUAGGUUAGUAGCAUACUGAAUUAGGAGGGUAGAGAUACAAAGAGUUUUUAGUAUAUUGGUUGCCUCCACAAAUAGAGAAAUUCCUUUCUAUACCCAAAGAUAGAGAAAUGGAUAAGCUAAGUUCAGCAACAGGAUUACUGAGAACCAAAUCGGAUCAGCUCGUGGAGACGAUAUCAGCAGCAAUGACGGCCAUGAAGUCCCCAGCAUCGAGUGAGGGCGGGCCAGAGAAUGGAGGGACCUUGUCAAGAAAGUCGAGCAGAGGAGUGCUGAUAGGUGCAUCGCCUGGACGUGGGAGCAGUAGCAACAGGCACAAUUCACAUAUUAGGAAAACGAGGAGUGCGCAAAUGAAAUUUGAUCUUGAUGAUUUGGGCAGCGGGGCUGCUCUUAGCAGAGCUUCUAGUGCUAGCUUGGGAUUGUCUUUCUCUUUCACUGGCUUCACCGUGCCUCCUGAUGAAAUUGCUGAUUCCAGGCCUUUUAGUGACGACGAUGAUAUUCCGGAAGAUCUUGAAGCAGGAGCCCGCAAGAAGAGGAUUCAAACAGAGCCAACCUUGCCACUUUACCUUAAGUUUACUGAGGUGACAUACAAGGUGAUUAUCAAAGGGGUGACAUAUACAGAAGAGAGGAAUAUUUUACAUGGAAUAACUGGUUCAGUAAAUCCGGGAGAAGUCCUGGCACUCAUGGGACCAUCAGGGAGUGGAAAAACAUCACUUCUGAGCUUGCUAGGGGGCAGGGUGAAGGACCCUGCACCAGGUGGUUCAAUCACUUACAAUGAUCAACCAUAUUCAAAGAACCUGAAGAGCAGGAUAGGAUUUGUUACACAAGACGAUGUACUGUUUCCUCAUCUUACAGUGAGAGAGACAUUAACAUAUGCGGCUCUUCUACGACUGCCAAAAGCAUUAUCAAAACAGGAAAAGGAGCAACGAGCCACAGAUGUAAUGUACGAACUUGGAUUAGAGAGGUGUCAAGACACAAUGAUAGGUGGCUCUUUUGUUCGAGGAAUUUCGGGUGGAGAGAGGAAGCGUGUUUGCAUAGGCAACGAAAUAAUCAUUAAUCCUUCCCUUCUGUUUCUAGAUGAACCCACUUCAGGGUUGGAUUCAACAACUGCUUUGAGAAUAGUUCAAGUGUUACAUGACAUCGCUGAGGAUGGGAAAACAGUGGUCACUACCAUUCACCAGCCAUCUAGCAGACUGUUUCACAAGUUUGACAAGUUGCUCCUUCUUAGUAAAGGCAGCCUGCUUUACUUUGGGAAUGCAUCAGAAGCUAUGGAAUAUUUUUCAUCCAUAGGAUGCUCUCCUCUGAUUGCCAUGAACCCUGCUGAGUUUCUGCUGGAUCUUGCAAAUGGAAAUUUAAAUGAUGUUUCCGUCCCAUCCGAAUUGGAGGACAGAGUACAGAUAUUAGGGAAUUCAGAAAGAGAAACAAAAAACGGAAAGCCAUCUCCAGCGGUUGUGCACGAGUAUCUCGUGGAAUCAUAUGAGACACGAGUGGCUGAAAACGAGAAGAAAAGACUUCUUGUUCCUAUACCGGUUACUGAAGAGGUGAAGUCAAAAGUAAAUUCUGCAAAGCGAGAAUGGGGAGCAAGCUGGAGGGUACAGUUCUCCAUAUUAUUCUGGAGAGGACUAAAAGAAAGGCGGCAUGACUACUUUAGCUGGUUAAGAGUUACACAAGUUAUUACCACAGCCGUAAUACUGGGAUUACUUUGGUGGCAAUCAGGUGGACAUAGUGCAACAGAACUGCACGACCAGGCAGGGCUGCUAUUCUUCAUUGCUGUGUUUUGGGGAUUUUUCCCGGUUUUUACAGCAAUUUUCAUGUUUCCUCAAGAAAGAGCUAUGUUAAACAAGGAACGAGCAGCGGACAUGUACAGACUAAGUGCAUAUUUUCUGGCUAGAACGACAAGCGACCUUCCACUUGACCUUUUACUGCCAUCCUUAUUCCUUCUGGUUGUCUAUUUCAUGGCAGGCUUAAAACAAAGUGCUGAAGCAUUUUUCUUAACCAUGCUCACAGUUUUCCUCUGUAUUGUUGCAGCGCAGGGGCUUGGAAUAGCUAUUGGGGCUACACUAAUGGAUUUGAAGAAGGCUACUACUCUAGGGUCAGUUACCGUGAUGACCUUCAUGUUGGCUGGUGGCUACUUUGUGAAGGAUGUCCCUGUAUUCAUAGCAUGGCUCCGGUAUCUCUCGUUCAAUUAUCACACUUACAGACUCCUCUUGAAGGUGCAGUACGAAGACGUGACUCAGACAAUUGAUGAUGUAAAAAUAGAUAGUGGCAUUGCAGAAGUAUGUGCCUUGUCAGCUAUGAUUUUCGGGUACCGUAUGUUAGCCUACAUAUCACUGCGAGGAAUGAGGCUACACUGAUGAAUAACCAGUUGAGCAACUUAAAACUUAAAGAGCUAUACUAAAUGAUGCGAGGCAAUUCACCAGACAAAAUCACUGGCCAAGCGCUUGUAAACUAUACAUCUGGAAGAAGUUUACAUCCAUGUAUUAAUUUAAGUACUUUUGAGUUCCAGUUUACGGAUUAAUGUAGAUGUCAUUGCCUACCAAAUGGUCAUAGUCUGAUGACAAUAGAUCAAUUGUACUUUAUGUUUAUUAAACUGUUAUUGACAUUUAUACUGAAAUCACAAGUGCUGUAUACAUUGCAA